AUGAGUAGUAUGACAUUAUUUAUUUUAUUUGUAUCUAUAAUUGCUUUACUUUUUUUAUUUAUUAAUUUAAUAUUUGCUCCUCAUAAUCCUUAUCAAGAGAAAUAUAGCAUAUUUGAAUGUGGUUUUCAUAGUUUUUUAGGGCAAAAUAGAACACAAUUUGGUGUUAAAUUUUUUAUUUUCGCUUUAGUAUACUUAUUAUUAGAUUUAGAAAUAUUAUUAACUUUUCCUUUUGCUGUUAGUGAGUAUGUCAAUAAUAUUUACGGUUUAAUUAUAUUAUUAGGGUUUAUAACUAUUAUAACUAUAGGUUUUGUUUAUGAAUUAGGUAAAAGUGCAUUGAAAAUUGAUAGUAGACAGGUAAUAACUAUGACAAGGUUUAAUUAUUCUUCAACAAUAGAGUAUUUAGGUAAAAUAUAA